AAACUCUAGAAGGUUGUAUUGUACCCAAGAAACAAAAAUAAAAACCACUAUAUAGCGUGCUCCUCUGCUUGUGCUAAUUAUUUUCACAUUAGAAGAGGCAAACGUAAUUGGUGUACGAGCGUCUAUUUUGGCUGAAAGAAGAUGAGAAACGCACAACCUGCCCAGAUUCCGACCAGCUUCGGCCACGAGCUUAGAGCUUGCCUUCGUUGCCGCCUCGUCAAGACGUACGAUCAGUUCAGGGAAUCGGGAUGUGAGAACUGCCCUUUCUUCAAUCUGCACGAUGAUAACGAGCGAAUCUCCGAUUGCACCACCCCUAAUUUUAACGGGAUAAUUUCAAUGAUGGAUCCAACUAGGAGUUGGGCUGGACGGUGGCUCCGAAUUGGAAAAUUUGUCCCUGGCGUCUACACUCUUGCUGUUUCAGAGGCUCUAUCAGAGGAUUUGCAGAAUUUAUGCGAAGAUGAGCGGGUGCAAUAUGUACCACCAAAGCGUGCAUGAAUGACCAAUUGAUCGGACCAAACAAGAACAAAUCCCUGUUGAAAAACAUUUUCAAGACUUUAAGCAAAUGUCUGUUUAUGAAAACAAUUGGUUGUCGGAAGUGAAUGUUUUCUAUAGGAGUUUCUCCUAAAGUGAUCAAAGUAGGCCCUUUGUAAUGUAGUAUUAGGAUUAGUAGAAUCCUCCUUAUUUUGGGCAAAUAUGAAGGCCACCAAUUAAUAGACCAAAUGCAA